AUGACUGAGCUGCAAGUUAAAUGCAUCCGGAGCGGGGCUUCCGAGGGUGAUGAGUAAAGUCCUUCAUAACAUAAAUGGAGAGAACGGAGACGCGGUUGUAUCCUUACUCAAUGCAGCAAAUAUACACAAAAUCAACACGCGUCUGGUACAAUGUAUUCGUUCUAAGCAUGGGCAACCUGUUGAAACUUCCAUUCAGUUAAAAGGCCAGGACCUCUUAACCCUGCAAAACUAUACACCUGAAGAAAUCAAAUAUUUGCUUUGGGUAGCAUCAGAUUUGAAAAAAAGAAUCAAACACAAAAAAGAGUACUUACCUUUAUUACAAGGAAAAUCUUUAGCCAUGAUUUUUGAGAAAAGAAGCACAAGAACUAGAUUAUCUACAGAGGCAGGGUUUGCACUUCUUGGAGGACAUCCGUGUUUCCUUACGGUACAAGAUAUUCACCUGGGUGUCAAUGAAAGCAUCUCUGACACAGCACGGGUGUUGUCAUCCAUGACAGAUGCAAUCCUGGCCAGAGUAUAUAAACAUUGUGACCUAGUCACAUUGGCAGAAGAAGCUGUUAUCCCAGUGAUAAAUGGAUUGUCUGAUUCUGAUCAUCCUGUCCAGAUUUUAGCUGAUUAUCUUACACUUCAGGAACACUAUAGGUCUUUGAAUGGAUUGACCCUCAGUUGGAUAGGUGAUGGAAACAAUGUUCUGAACUCUAUUCUGUUGACUGCUGCUAAAUUUGGGAUGAAUCUUCAUGUUGCUACUCCAAAGGGUUUUGAGCCAGAUCCCACAGUAAUCAAAAUAGCUGAAGAAUAUUCUAUAAAGUACUGCACCAAAUUGCUUCUCACAACUAACCCAUUGGAAGCUGCAAAGGGGGCCAAUGUUUUAAUUACAGACACAUGGAUAAGUAUGGGGCAAGAAGAAGAGAAACAAAAGAGACUGAAGGCUUUCCAAGGUUAUCAAAUAACAAUGGAGACUGGGCAAGAGGCUGCUCCUGAUUGGACUUUUUUACACUGCUUACCCAGAAAGCCAGAAGAAGUUAAUGACGAAGUAUUUUAUUCUCCAAAGUCACUGGUUUUUCAAGAGGCUGAAAACAGGAAAUGGACUAUUAUGGCUGUGAUGGUUUCCCUGCUGACAGAUUAUUCACCACAGCUGCAAAUGCCUACAUUUUGAUUUUGAGGUUGCUGCCAAAGAAAAUAUUCUUUACCAGCAAAAUAAUUUGCUGUAUAAAGGCACUUUUUCUUUCAAAACCAAGAUCAAACCAGUGGUCAUUAUUUAACAAAAUUGCAAAAGUUCCUGUCAUAUUUUCAUACUGCAUCUGUCCUAUCAUUUAAACAUUGCAGCUGCAUUUCUUUUUCUGUUGUCUUCCUGUUCUGCAGUCUGCAUUUUGAUUAGAUUCCCAUAUAGUUAGUAUUUUAGCAAAUGGAUAAUUUCAAAAUCCAGACAAUGGCUUGACAUUGCAGAGGUAGAAGUGACCUCAUAAACAUGUCCUGGAGCCAUUACUGUAAAAAUCACUGCAGUUUUCUCAAAAGCUGUAUUUCCCUGCUGAUCUUGGACAGUAUGACCAGCUAUGUCCCUGUGCAUUUGGGGUGGGGUGGGGGGGAGAGAAAGAGAACAAAUUGCAUAUAUUUCAGAUCCAAUUGGAACAAAUCUAAGGUCUUUCUUUUCAAAUACUAUACCUUGAAUUGAUCCAUUAUAUCUACUUUUAUGCUGGAGUUCCCUGAAAAGAACAGUAUUUUGGUCUAAUUAAUAAACUGUCAUACCAGGUAAGCUUGCCAAAUUUUCUCUUUGAAAUUAUAAUGUUCUUGCCUAUACUUCUCAAGCUAUUGUAUGGAAUAUAUAAUUAUCCUUCAGAUUUUGCUCUUCUCCAAACAUUCCAAUACACUAUUCAGCACAAAAAAUGUACCAAAACAUUUAAAAUUAGUACUUUAGGUACAAUACAUUUGAUGAUAUAUGCAUACAGUAUUCAUAACACUUUAUGUUGACUGAAUAACUUGACAUCCCAGGAUAGAGUGGUCCAUAAGCUGCUUUUAUGCAGCUCCUGGAGCUCCCUCUAAUGACAUGACAUGAGUUACUGUCAUUUUGAGGAAAGAAACAAAUUGCAAUUGUAACACAAGCUUUCAAAUGCAUUCAACAUCUUUUAAACCCCCCCCCUUCCCAUAGCCAUACAUUAUAAGCCAUGAUGGCAUCCAAAUGACAUGUGUCAUGUUGUCAUCAUGUGUCAUGAUUAUGUAAUUUGCAGGAGUUGUAUUAUGAUGUUUGAUGCAAGUAGAUAAGUCACAUUGUUUUCAUGAUGUUACAAUGUGUUGUCAUUUGUCUUUCCUUAUUUCUCCAUGAAUGCCUAUGCCUCUUCUUCCAAAUCUAAGUAAAAACAAAAUCCUGGGUCCACCCACAUAGUGGUGCAUUCCCACCUACUUUGCAUCAUUCCCUCCUCCCACCACUACAGCCCCAGCUACCAAAAAAUUGCCCAUCCAUUCCUCUAUAUAUUAACUAUGUAUAUUUUACAAAUUACAAAUUUGGAAGUGGAGCCUACAACCAAUAAACAGGAAAACUAAAAUCUAACUUGAGCACAGCUGCAGAGCAGUUCCAUUUCUGUACCUACUGGGCUCCAUAUAAAAUUCUUUAAAUAGUUUUUGGAUGCUUUAAAGACUACAAUGUAUUAUAAGCCAUUUAAAAUGUUAAGCUGCCACAAGAGCCUACAUUAGUAUAUUUGGUAGGACAAUUUUAAACAAAUAAACAGAAUACUUAAUUUGUUUAAAUAGCUAAGGGACAUUAUCUCUCUCUCCUUAUGCAUUUAUUCAGUCAACGCUUUCCCAAAUGCUUUCCCAAAUGCUUAUAGCCACUAUCACAAGACCAACAUUUCCAAGAGAAUGCAAAGAUUGUUAUAAUGGACAUGCUGACUUUUUCAUGGCACAUUAUUUCACUUAAUAGUAUAUCCUGUGAGUCAGAUUCUCUUGACAGAUUUAAUU